AAAAGUUUCUUUUCUUUUACUAAUUGAAGUGACCCAUUUCUGAUUGAAACUAAACAAAUGAAGUUUUACAAGAAGGAGCUUUUGAUCAAGCUAUUUUUUAAAUUUUGGUUUGUUUUCUUAGUUGACAUUUCUAAAAGCUGACGUACUUUUUCUGGGUGGUAAAAACUAAACCUGUUUUAACUUAGGAUAUACCACAGCUGAAACACUUCAAAUGAUGGCAGAACAUGGAUCGCCUUGCGAUCCACAGGAUGCCACUUACUGCAUGAAUGGUGGGACAUGUUAUAAAAUACCAUCUAUGGAUAAGAUCUCCUGCGUCUGCAGUGAAAGUUUCAAAGGAAGCAGAUGUGAGCAGUACCAGCUCUUGAGUUAUUCUCUGGAUGAACAGGACAAAGGGUUAUUAGCCGCCGUGGUCAUUCUAGUCAUGCUCAUCUUCGUGGUGCUGGCUGUUGUCAUCUACUAUGUGCAUAAGAUGGUAAAACAAAGAAAACUAAACCAACAGAACAAUGGCCAAGGGUGGGAGAAAUCAACAGUAUGAGAUUUCCUGCCGAUAUGCACCUGUUUGCGUGCAUACGUUAAAUACAAUAAAUGUUAUUUACCUUUGCUGCAGUAAAUCAUGUAAUUUAGAGAGAUUUUGCUUAUUUGAGUAAAAACAAAAUGAGUAAAAACAGACACAAGGUAUGGAAUAUUCUUAAGUGUUUGAGAAAUAAAUGCCGCAUCUAAACUUUGAUAAGACAAGGAAGUUGUAACUUGUUACAUUUCAGUGCAUUUGUUUAAAUGUGCAUUUAUGUAGUGCAAUUUAGAUAACCAAAUCAUAUUUUGUGAAAUGUUUGGUGAAAGAACAAAAAGCAACCUACUGUAACAAUGACUGGAUGCUUUAAAAAGUGUUUUUUAAUCAUUUUGAAAAUGUAUAAAUGUAAUUAUUUUUCUGAUGACCGUUUAUUCAUACAACUUUGUUCCUGACUAACAAAUCAACAGUUUAUAAUCUUUUGCUGAACGCACCCAUCACCAUUUAAUGUUUUGUUGUUGUUUAGUCGUAAUUGUGGUGUUAACCAUAGCUGCCCCGGGGAACGUCUAGACUGGCCAUAGGGAUCUCACUUCCCAGAAACCCUCAGCAGUUUCACCCCUGGCUCACCUAAAGCUGAAAAUGCGAAAACACAUAUAAAUGGCAAUCCUAACCUCUGUUCAUGCCCAACUAGUUUUAUUAGUUCCCUUAAACUUAAAAACGUAUUUCAGACAGGUAUUUUUAAAAUGGUAAUGUUUGCUGAACUGCAGGGGUGGGUUUUCAGUGUCCUCAAUACUACAAUAAAAAUCUGCACACUCCAGAAUAAUAAAUAAUGAAUAUAUGAGUACAGGUUAAACUUGCUGCUGAGGCCUAUUUUCUUUAUGCAUUGGUACUUUGACCAUGCCAUCAAGAAAUAGUGUAGAAUUAGUUUGAAAUAAAGAGUUAAUAUAUUUUGACAUUUAAAGAAAGAAAUGCCUCUUCCAUUGGAAAACCUUAAAUCAUUAUUAUUUAUGCUGAAUAUUAUCACUCAUUCCCCUGGUGGAUUUAGUUGUAAAGUAAUAUUUUAAUUUGACCAACAUUUUUUUUUAGGGGAAGUAAUAUUAACAUUGUGAAGUGGUGCAACCAGAAUCCCUACUUAAUUCCGUUAUGGGUAUCUUAGGAGGGUGCUAAAGAUUAGGGCGAUGGCAAGGAGGCCUUCCAACCUAAAAGACCUUGAGCUAAUUGCGAAAGAUGAACAGACAAAAAUACUAGUGGAAAAAGUAAGAAAAAAAAAAGUUUGUCCACCAUAAAAAGUAGUGCUUAAUUGCUGUAAUGUCAACAAAGGUUUUUUCAUAGGUAAUUUAAAACGGUUAUAAAUAUUUUGUGAUAUGACAAUAUUUUCUUAAAAUGUAAAUAAACUUUUUUUUUUUUUAAAAGAUA